UUUGCUGUCAAACAGAGGAGAACUUUACGUUGCUUUGUGUUUUUUUCGUGUUUAUAAACUUUUCCGUUUAUUUUUAUUGCAUGAAUUAAUUAUUUUAGAGAUCUUCUAUAGAAUUGUAUAAUGCCUAAACAUUGUGUGUUAGUGACCAAGUUUGCAGCGUAAAAAUGGAAACUACCCCGCUUAUCACAAGGCCUAAGAAGAAAUCCUUAUGGUCAAGGUUAUUGUUCUCAAGAUUCCGGACUAAAGAGUUGAGCUCUAGAAUUAUUUAUUUAGGACAGAUUCCUGAAGAAGAGUAUCCUCCCAACUAUGUCUGUAAUCAAAAAUACAACAUCAUCACAUUUCUGCCUCUGGUGCUGUACGAACAGUUCAAAUUCUUCCUCAACAUGUAUUUCCUGGUGAUGGCAGUGAGCCAGUUUAUUCCCAGCAUCCGUAUUGGGUAUUUGUACACAUAUUGGGGUCCGCUGUGUUUUGUACUGGCUGUUACACUGUUUAGGGAGGCUGUUGAUGACUUUAGAAGAUUUAGGAGGGACAGAGAAGUCAACAGACAACGUUAUGAACGAAUAGUACUAGACUCACCUGUAGACGGAUACAGGCCAUUCAUCACAGAACAGGUGUCUGCAUCGGCCCUCCGUGUUGGAGAUAUAGUAAUGCUUCACAAGGGUCAACGUGUGCCAGCAGACAUGAUUCUAUUACGAACCAAUGAAACUAUGGGCACAGUAUUCAUACGCACAGACCAACUUGAUGGAGAAAUUGAUUGGAAAUUGAGAAUCCCCUUGCCUUCAACACAAAAGCUACCCACCGAUGCUCACCUACUCGACAUCAACGCUAAGAUAUUCGUCGAGAAGCCGGAGAAAGACAUACAUUCGUUUAUCGGGACUUGCACAAGACUGGAUGAGGAGGAAAUGGACUCGCUAGAUAUUGAGAACACUCUGUGGAGUGGCAGUGUGGUGGCAUCUGGACAGGCUACUGGACUGAUCAUAUACACAGGCAGCGAGACCCGCAGCGUGAUGAACAACGCAGCGCCCAGAUCUAAAGUGGGAAGACUGGACCUGCAAGUGAACAACUUGACCAAAGUGCUGUUUGUGGCCACAGUCAUGAUCUCAGUCCUCCUGAUCGUGCUGAAAGGCUUCAACGGGCCCUGGUUUGGGUUCUUAUUCCGAUUCGUGCUACUGUUUUCGUAUAUCAUUCCUAUCAGCUUACGAGUAAACCUGGAUAUGGGCAAGGCGUUCUACUCGUGGACAAUCCAGCGCGACAAGCAGAUAGAAGGCACGGUCAUGAGGUCCACCACCAUACCUGAAGAACUCGGCAGGAUACAGUACCUCCUAGCAGACAAGACUGGAACCCUCACGAAGAAUGAGAUGGUCUUCCAGAAACUACAUUUAGGAAACGCGCUGUUUGAUAAAAAUAACUUUCAUGAGGUGGAAGCUCUCCUAACCCAAUACAUAACCAACGAAGAGCCCUCCUUACCAACGUCGCCCACAGGCGAAGGGGGCGAAGUCCUAGCGCCUACGCCGCGACAAGUGUGGCAGUGUGUGAUCGCGUUAGCACUAUGCCAUAACGUUACACCUGUGUAUGAGGUGGAAGAGAGACAAGUCGAUGAUUCGCAGUCGGACAUGGCAAGCUCUGUGGUGUCGGAGAGCUGUGGCGGCGCGGUGCCGCAGCAGCAGCUGUGCGACUACCAGGCCGCCAGCCCCGACGAGGUGGCGCUCGUCAAGUGGACUGACAUGGUGAGUGCUCGGCGUCGCCCUGUGCGCCCGGCCCUUGCACAGUGCCUGUGUCGCGGCAGCAGCUGUGCGACUACCAGGCCGCCAGCCCCGACGAGGUGGCGCUCGUCAAGUGGACUGACAUGGUGAGUGCUCGGCGUCGCCCUGUGCGCCCGGCCCUUGCACAGUGCCUGUGUCGCGGCAGCAGCUGUGCGACUACCAGGCCGCCAGCCCCGACGAGGUGGCGCUCGUCAAGUGGACUGACAUGGUGAGUGCUCGGCGUCGCCCUGUGCGCCCGGCCCUUGCACAGUGCCUGUGUCGCGGCAGCAGCUGUGCGACUACCAGGCCGC